AUGAAAUCGAUUCUUCUAUUCCUGAGUCUUCUCCCUGUUGCCUAUGGUAUCGUCUGCCGGAGUGAUUAUACUAUGAUCAAUGGGAGACUGUGUCUCAAAUACUAUCCCAUAGUUGUACCACACUCAGCUGCCGAACAACAGUGUAAACUGGAUGGUGGAACUUUGUUUACGGUCCAAAAUGCUAUUGACAACCGUGCAAUCACAGAAUGGAUCUCCGCCACCAACGCACAACAAGUCUGGAUGGGCCUUUCUGUCUUUGGUGAUUCGCCACUUCUAACCUACUGGGACGACAAUUCUGGAGUUGCUGUCUACAACAACUUCCAUCCUCCAUAUCCAAACGAGAAAUUCAACAGUCAUUGUGCGGCACUGCUGGUCAAUGCGAAUCAAGGUUCAACUCGAGGACAAUGGAUCAGUUCCACGUGCAACAAUCAGAAUAACACCUCGGCUUUACAAAGACCAUACAUUUGUCAAGUACCUCCAACCUAUUCCUAUUCUCCAUGUGACAUCAACUAUAAUGGAUAUUGCUAUUGGAGGUCAAAGGUCUUGGUGAACGGAACGAAAUUAAACCAAGCUCAAGCUGCUGCCGCAUGUUCUCAACGUGGAGCACAAUUGGUUUCGAUUCACUCCAAAAUGGAAAACGACUUCAUAAAACUUCAGUACAGAGGGACAACGAUACAAAAUAUUUUUAUUGGAGCAGUACGGCAAUCGGCGUUAACAUACAAAUGGGCCGACGGAACUUAUUGGGAUUUUGCGUACAUCCAUCCAUUCUCAAACUACUCAAAACCUUGUUUGAUGAUGAGCGUAAAUGUUGGAAGUGUUGGCUUGUGGAAUGGCGUUGAUUGCUCUGAAGAACUCGACUUUUUGUGUAAACAGAAAAUUUCACCAACUGUAGCAGUCCCUGAACAACUCAAAAGUCCCGCCAAAUCUCCACCUGCGAUUCUAGACUUUUCGAGCUGUAACUCAACACUUAUUCUUCGAUACCCUAACAUGUUUUCAUCAAACCCCUACAACUCGAUACCAACUACCUAUUGCUCCUGGCGUUUAUUGGCUCUUGGUCCCUAUCAGAUUGGUAUUUACUUCAAUUCUUGGAUCACUAAUGGAGUUCUGGACAUUUAUGAUGAAUUCGAUAACAACAUUGGACACUUUGCCGGAGCCGCUCAAAGAGAGCCGUUCUCUGUAAUUACUCCAUUCAAUAUUGCCCGAGUCACAUUCACUCCAGCUAGUCAUGUAACUGAAGAUGAUAGAGGAUUCGUGGCUUCCGUUUUGCCUGUGUAA